AUGAUAUUCAUGCAUGCUGGUCAGAUUCUCAACGCUGCAUGUGGUCCCUUGGCUACGACACCUGUUUCACAAUUAUCCUGUCUUUGGUUUGGCUCGAAUCAGCGCACUCGAGCCACAACCAUAGCCAUAUUUACGCAUAAACUCGGUGGAGCUAUUGCUUUCUUGACCAGUUCAGCGAUUGUUUCAUUACCCGGACAUAUUCCUCGGCUUCUCUAUAUUCAUUUGGGUCUCACAUUUGUAGCAUGUGUUGUUGUUUUGAUUUAUUUUCCGGUACAACCACCUACUGCUCCAUCAGGUGCAGCCGAACUGCUCAUGUCUUAUCGAACUGAUCGACCAAAUGUCAGUUCCUGGCGAAUAUCUAUGAAGAAUGUCGGGCGAUGUAUGACUACGCCAUCCAUGGUUCUUCUUUCAACUGCUGGUGGUAUAAUUGCCGGCACAUUCGGUGCAUGGACAGGUCUGUUCGAUACUAUUCUCAAACCAGAGAAUUAUUCAGAACAACAAUCAGGCUGGUUUGCUUUUGGAACAUUGAUAUCAUGCAUUGUUGGUGGUCUCUGUUUUGGUGCCUUGGCCGAUACUCGCUACUUUCAACGACGACUCAAGAUACUUAUUGUCUUGGCAUUUAUCUGCUGUUUUCUUGCCGUGUUCUUCUUUGAGCUUUCUGUUCAUACGGUCUUCUACGACAAACCUCUUUUGCAUUCUACAUCUCUCAUAAUUGGUUUAUCAGUUGCUUUUGCGGGCUUUUUUCAAGGUGCUGCUUUACCAUUAAUCUAUGAGGCAAUGGCCGAAAUAAUGUUUCCUUUACCUGAGUCUCUAUCAGCCUCAAUUCUUCUUCAAUGGCUCAAUAUUACUGCACUCAUUCUUCUGUUUAUUGCUCCAAAUCGAGCAAAAUUGAUCAAUCUACUCGUGUUGAUUGCAUUGGGUACUUCUAUUAUUAUGAGUCUUUUAGCUCGAAUUACAUAUCGAAGACGUGAUGAAGAUGAGAGAAAAGAAUGUGAAAAAGAGAAUGAACAAGUAUUGAAUAGUGACAAUAUGGACCCCUAUCAAAAUCAAAGUAUCAGUCAAUCACAAUAUGGCUCGAUCUCAUAA